CUGGAAGUAAACAGAAUGGAAGAAAUUAUGUGAUGCCUAUCUACUGAGCAAAGAUUGAAAGAGACCUUAGCUAAUUUAGAACUGAUUUAGAGAGCAAAUUACAAUUAUUGUAUGCUCAUUUUCUUUCUCCAACUAUACACAACAAGAAGGUCAUAUCCCCAACAAAGGUACAACAGCAAGAUUCCAUAUAGUUUAUCGGCUUCGUUUAGAAAACAAUGCUUGUAGAACACAAAUUGGGUUUUCCUAUCCGUCUCUUCAUUUAUUUUCUCUUUUGUUCAUCUCAGUUUGCUUCAUCACAACUUCCAUGGCAGUACAACACCAGUCUUUUGAAUUCUACUGCCGGGCUUUCCACUUCCUGGACCAACAGGCCAUCUCUCACUGGUAAUUCCACCAUCGUCGCCUCUCGUAUGACACCUAUACUUCAUCGAGGAAAUACCGGACCACGAUUCCUCUGUGGCUUUGCCUGCAACUUCAAUGUCACAGAAUGCUUUUUUGGUGUCAUCUUGUUCCGCACAAAAAACGAAUGGGUAAACUACCCCCAGUUAGUUUGGUCAGCGAACAGGGACCAUCCUGUGAAUAAGGAUGCAACCUUGAAACUAGGUCAAGAUGGCAACUUGGUCUUGACAGACUCCAAUGGCACUCUUGUUUGGUCCACUAAUACUGCUAGCAAAUCUGUUGCAGGCUUGAACUUGACAGAAAUGGGAAAUCUUGUGCUCUUUGAUAAGAGAAAGCGUCCAAUUUGGCAGUCUUUUAAUCAUCCAACGGAUUCUUUGCUUCCAGGGCAGAAUUUGGAUUCUGGGAGAAAGCUCGUAGCAAGUAUUUCAGCAUCCAACCAGAGUCAAGGUUUGUUUGCUCUUACUGUUCUCAAUGGAUUCUGGGCCACUUACACAGAUACUGAUCCACCUCAAUAUUACUAUGCUUCAAGAUAUCCGCUAGGGGCUGACGGACAUUUAAGGAUAUACCAAUGGGACGUCGUUGAUUGGAAAGAGGUAUCCGACAUUUUGAUGCCAUAUGCAGGAAACAGGGGAACCUGUGGGUAUCCAAUGGUGUGUGGAAGAUAUGGCAUUUGUUCAAAUAAUGGGCAAUGUACUUGUCCGGCAGAGGAAAAGUUCUUCCGGCCAUUUUCUGAGAGGAAACCAGAUCUUGGAUGUUCACAGCUCACUUCCAUUAACUGCAACUCUUUGCAGUAUCAUAGUUUUGUAGAGCUAAAGAAUACCACAUAUUUUUCAUUUUAUUUCAAUCAUGAACUAAGUUCCAGCAUAUUAUGGCUUGAGGGGAAACAGUUGGAAGAUUGCAAAAGGGCCUGUCUGAGUAACUGUUCUUGCAAAGCUGCUGUUUUUGAGUAUGAUUGGAAUUGGAAUGGGACUCGAAGAGGGAAUGAUUGGAAUGAGACUCGAAGAGGGAACUGUUUGUUACUGAAUGAAGUCUUCUCUCUCAUAGACAACGAAGAAAGAAAAGACAAGACAGUAUUUCUUAAGGUUCAGAAUCCCUCAAAGGCACAGACUCAGUCUCCAAUCAUUCCUGGAGGAAAGAAAUCAAGACCUUUCAAAGUGAUAAUAGGAGCUACUCUUGCAGCUUUGUUUGGGAUAAUUUUAAGCAUAAGUAGUUGCUUUGUUAUUUUCAAAAAGAGGACAUAUGAAUCCAGAAAGUCUGGGGAUUCUCUUGAUCUAGAACCAAUCUUACCGGGAAUCCUAACUCGAUUCUCUUACAAUGAGCUGAAAAUAGUUACACAAGAUUUCAGUAGAAAGCUCGGGCAAGGAGGAUUUGGCUCUGUAUAUGAAGGAAUGCUGAGCAACGGAACCAAAAUAGCUGUGAAGAAUCUGGAUGGUGUAGGUCAAGUAAAGGAAUCAUUCUUAACAGAAGUAAAGAUAGUUGGCGGAAUUCACCAUAUCAAUCUGGUGAAACUCCUUGGAUUUUGUGCUGAAAAAAGCCACAGGCUUCUAAUAUAUGAGUACAUGGUGAAUGGAUCGUUGGAUAGGUGGAUUACGCAUGUAAAGCAGGAAAAUGGGCUUACAUGGCAGACAAGGCAAAGGAUAAUAUCAGAUAUUGCCAAAGGUUUAGCUUAUCUUCAUGGUGAUUGCAGUCAUAAGAUAAUUCAUCUGGACAUCAAACCACAAAACAUCCUCCUAGAUCAAAAUUUCAAUGCUAAGAUAUCUGAUUUUGGGUUAUCAAAACUAAUUGAUAAAGAAAAAAGCAAAGUAGUGACUCGAAUGAGAGGAACACCAGGGUAUUUAGCCCCUGAAUGGUUGAGGUCGGAAAUCACUGAGAAAGUUGAUGUGUAUGCCUUUGGAAUUGUGCUCUUGGAGCUCUUGUGUGGGCGAAAGAAUUUGGAUUGGUCCCAAGCUGAGGAGGAUGUCCAUUUGCUAAGUGUUUUUAGGAGAAAAGCAGAACAACAACAGCUCAUGGAUAUCGUCGACAAAAAGAACGAGGAUAUGCAGAUCCAUAAAGAAGCAGUGAUAGAAAGGAUGAGUCUCGCUGCAUGGUGUCUACAGGGUGAUUUCAACAAGAGGCCCUCCAUGACAUUGGUGGUUAAGGUAUUGGAAGGUUUGGUUUCUGUUGAAACCAACCUAGAUUACAAUUUCACAAGCCAACCUGAGGUUGAGGCACGCAACCACCAGAUGGAAGCCACUAGCGGUCCAAAACUACCUUCAGUUUUAUCUGGACCAAGGUAAACAAAAUUUCUAAUUCCAUCAUAACUUCGAUUACAAUUCAUUAAUGUAAUAUUCAGCAGAGGCAAACCAAGGAUUCGAACUUGACGGAUGCACCUUUAUAUUUAACAUAGUAAUUAAUAGUGUCAAAGUUCGACAUGCA